AUGCUCAAAUGCAUCCCUGGUCUGGCCGAGUUCCCUAACAUCCAGGACCCGACACACCAAGAGAACAUCAUCGCUGCUGCCGUCAUUCUACGUCAGAACGAGGAGAUGGAAGAAGAGACCGGCAAAGGCAGAGGCAAAAUCGAAGCUGAGUAUUACGAUGACGAACGCGUCAACUUUCUGGCUGCCACUCAGAGGAUCAUUGACUCUAUGAUCGCCUCUCGGCUCGACCAUUCACUUGCUACGGCCGCAUAUUGGAUUGUCACUCGGAAAGAGAUUUAUCAUGCAUUGACAAGGGAGACGCGCCCUGAUGGAUGGACACAACUCAAGCUGCAUGAACAGAAACUGGUUCAUGAAUCGCUUGGUCAAACGGAACCUAUUCUUGAACUCAAGGCAGAUCGAGCUAAAGGCCAGAUAUUUCCGACGGUCUGGUACAGCUUCAAUGUCCAGGCGACGGCAGUACAGCAUUUCCAACAGGCUCAAAUGAUCUUGACUGCUGGGAAUUUGCAACUUGCGUAA